AUGGGGACAGAGCAGGAAUACGCGUCCGCGUCUCCCAAGGGAGUAACGGUGGACGAGUCCUCUUCAGACGGACGAAACUCUGCUGUGCUCGAGAAGAAGAAAGCACCAUGGUGGUCUUACUUCUGGGAUUACGAGCCAGACCGGACGCAUGAGGAGCGCGUUUUCAUCCAGAAGCUCGACAUCUUCUUGAUUACGAUGCUGAGUUUCGGCUACUUUAUCAAAAACCUCGACCAGACAAACAUCAGCAACGCCUUUGUCAGCGGAAUGAAGGAGGACCUCGCAAUGAACGGAAACGAGAUCAAUCUCAUUGACACGGCAUGGACCGUCGGCUACGUCGUAGGCCAGAUCCCCUCGCAAAUCGUCCUCACCAAAGUCCGCCCGUCCAUCUGGGUGCCCUCGUGCGAGCUCCUCUGGACCGUCUUGACUUUCUGUCUGGCGGCUGCAAAGACUUCCAACCACGUUAUUGCCAUUCGCUUCUUCGUGGGUUUGGCAGAGUCCAUCUUUUACCCGGCCGCUCACACGAUCCUUGGCUCCUGGUAUAAGCCUUCCGAGCUCGGGAAGCGAGCCUGCAUCUUCCACGCUUCUUCAGCUGCGGCGAGCAUGUUCUCGGGCUAUUUGCAAGCUGGCGUCUACAAGGGCCUCAACGGCGUUCAUGGUUUGGCAGGUUGGAAGUGGCUAUUUAUCAUGGAUGGAAUUAUCAGUUUGCCAAUUUGCAUUGCUGGGUUCUUCUUUCUGCCCGAUCUUCCGGAAAACACACGAGCGUUCUAUUUGACUGAAGAUGACCGCGAACUGGCUCGCAAGAGGAUGGAGAGCGUCGGCCGUGCUCCGCGAACCAAGUUAGGCCGUUCUGCCUUCAAGCGCAUUUUCGGUCGCUGGCAUGUCUACUUCCUGACCAUUUUGUACAUCAUCUUCAUCAACAUUGGGCCUUCCAGCAGCGUAAACCCCUUCUCCCUCUGGCUGAAAUCCAAGGGCGAGUCCGUGGAAAAGAUUAACAUCAUCCCAACGGCGGCUUCAGCCAUCCAAUUAGUACUUACGGUAUCAUUCGCCAUCCUCUCCGACGCAAUCCGCCAUCGGGCCAGCGUCAUGUCUAUAUCGACUUUCCUCGGCGGCUUCGCCGCUUUGAUUCUCGCCAUCUGGAAUGUUCCAGACGGGCUUAAGUGGUUCGCGUUCCUCCUUCAGCGUGCCUCUGUACCGUACGGACCACUCAGUAUGAGUUGGACCAACGAGAUCUGCGGCGCCGAUGCCGAGGAACGUGCCAUUGUCAUAGGAAUCAUGAACUCGCUAGGAUAUGCCUUCAAUGCCUGGGUGCCUAUCCUGACGUACCCUCAAGUUGAUUCACCCAAGUUUAAAAAGGGCUUCAUCUUCUCGACCGUCGCGUUCGGCGCCCAGGCGUUGAUCACUGCGACGGUGGCUUUUUUGUACAAGCGAGACAAAAAGAAGGAGGGCGUCACCAAGAGAGAUGAAGAAGGUGUUACGGCACCGGCCUCCGUUCCUAACGCCGAGUAG